AUGGUUGACGGUGAUGGUUGGGAUCGCAGAGGGCGUGAACCAACGCGCCGUCCCGACUUUUCUGGCUGGGCGCCAAACGGUAACGGAAAUGGUGGAGGCCAUGAUGAAAAGGGCCGCGGUUGUGGAAACUAUAAUGGGGGCUGGGGUGGCUCGGGGGACGACGGCCGAGGCGGCGAUAGGAGGGGGAUGCGGUCAUCGUUCUCGACACCAUCAUCCUCAGAUGCUUCCUCCGAGAGCGAAGAUGAUUCCGAAGGCGAGUAUGGACAAGCAUCAAAAUCUGCACAGCCCAGGGAUUCAGACGACGACGUUCCACUCGCUCAACGAAUUCCUACUGCUCUCAAAGCCCAAAAGACGCUGAGAUUGAAGACAAAGGAGGAACGGGACCAGCGACGGAGGGAGCGUGCCGCACGCAGAGCUCGCCAAGAGACGCUCCGUCCAGCAGGCGCAGCAGCUCCAGCCCCUCAGUUGAUGUCCAGCACGCAGGAAGCCGCAUUGCAUGCUUCUAGAUCGAUCCGGCGGCCUCGUACACAGACCGUAUCAGGGCCUCCUCGUCGGAUGCCUUUUGCCGUUGAGGAUCUCACGCAGCGCUUGCAGCAUGUGCAGGCUGCGGAUCUACGAGGCGAGUCUAUCAAUGCGAUAAGGAGUCCGUCGCCUCCCAAGGCGGCCAAGACGCUCCGCCCCAUGCGCUCGUUCCACCAACCGGAGCGGCGGCGGUUCGACGAUCAUGCAUCAAUUCCUAUGCCUAUGCCUGCGCCUCUUUCAAGGUCCACGACGCGAGCGCGUAGUCGGCCACGUGACGAUACGCACCUAGCAGCUCAUUCCCGACGCGUGGUCAGCGAGAUGCCUGCUGAUAUGGAGCAAAAGCUCUGCCGCUCUACAACACGUAGUCGGCCGAGGGCGCACGAAGACGCGCCGCGCGCCUAUAGCGAGAUGCCGCCGGAUGCUGAAGUGAAGCUUGCUCGUGCGCGGAGUCGGGUGCGGAGUCCUAGUCAGAACCGCAACGAGGAUGUGAUUCCGCCCCUUCCUAGGCAUUCUGAGGAACGCAAGUUAACCAAGGGAGGAGGGAGGACGUCGUCGGAGCAACAGAGAGCGAUGGGCUCGGUCCCAGUCCCUAUCGUCAAAGGUGUUGUAUCGCAGCAGCGUAUCUUCAUUGGUGAUAGGCAGAGUUACAAUAUGGUCGAGGUUGGCGCAUCGACGAAUGCUGGAGAUGUGGUUGAUAUGGUGGAAGCGCAGGGUUCAUUGAAGGGCUGGGUUGGUACAGGAGGUUGGAUGCUUUGGGAGGUUGCUCAGGACUUUGGAAUGGAGCGCCCUAUCCGAAGCUUUGAGCUUCUCGCCGAUGUUGAAGCCUCGUGGAACAAGGAUAAGAUGGUAAACAUCUUCGUGCUCAAAUUGACAACUCUGGCUUCGUUGCUUCGUCGUACGGCCAUUCCGUCAGUCUCCCCUCUCCAUUCUGGCUAUGUGGAAUGGGAAAUUAAACGCGGCAAAUGGACCAAACGUUGGCUAUCCCUUCGUGAGCAUAGUUUGUUUCUGUCUAAGCGCGACAACGGCAAAGACGAGAUGUUCCUCUGUUCCCUAUCCAAUUUUGACGCAUACUUCGUCACCCGACUACAUAAGGCACCUAAAGCCUUCGUCUUCGCUCUGAAAUCUACCGACAAUUUAUCACUCUUUGAGAAUACUGCAGACUAUCUACAUGUCUUUUCUUGUAACAAGAAUGAUGGGGAUCGAUGGAUGGAGAGGAUCUUUCUUGCUCGUUCCUAUGUCCUGCAUCAGGAACGUAACGUUCUGUUUAACCCAAAGACCACUACUGGGCUGUCCCGGGCUGGGACGCGGAAAGGAACUGGUCGUCCUGUCCAGCAGCCGCUUGUGAAUGUUGGUACGACGGAUGUGUUUGAACCCGGUUCGCUGCUGCGCAAGCAGCAGAACGGUAUAUGA